AUGAUGCUGGACACGCUGCAGCUGAACCUUCUUAUCCUCGUGUCCGAAAAAGACAAGAAGGAGCUGAACAACGCCAAGAACGCGAGAAAAAUUCUUCCGCUUAGAAACAAUACAAAUGAGAUCCUUGUAACUUUCAUCACAGCCAACGUCAUGGUGAACGCUGCCUUCAGCUUACUCCUGAGUGAGCUGACCGACGGUGUCACUUCCUUCAUCAUCUCGACCUUGAUCAUAACCAUUUUUGGCGAGAUCAUUCCUCAGUCCAUUUGUUCCAAGCAUGGGUUGGCCAUUGGUGGGUUCUUCGCCCCCCUGAUUCACUGCCUCAAGUUUUGCCUCUUCAUUUUUGCUAAGCCGACGAGCCUUAUCCUGGACCACUUCGUGGGAAAGAACGUGCUGACCACGUACAACAAGAAGCAGCUGAAGGCGCUGGUGGACAUGCACAAAAGCGCAGCCGAUAUUCUACACGAAGACGAAGCAAAAAUUGUAGUCAGCGCCCUAGAAAUGUCCCAAUACAAAGUCAUGCAUAUCAUGACCGACAUCGAUUAUGUAUUUGGAAUUGAUUAUAAUAGCUUUAUUAAUUAUGAAACCAUUAAGCGGAUUCUAAACAGUGGGUUCUCGAGGAUACCUGUCCUGAACAGAUGUAACUCGGAGUGUGUUGUUGGCCUCAUCCACAUUAAGGAUCUGAUCAACAUAUGGUUCGGCAUAAAUAAAAUUAUAUUCGAUAAUAACUCGUUGGUGCAAUGUAGAAAAAGGAGAAACACCAACAAACAUAAGUAUUACAGGAAGAGAUCGAGGACAGGUAUUUUUCACUUAAUUAAAGUGAAGUCCGAAAAAAUUAGAAUAGCGAAUAAAAUAUAUGCAUACGAUGGAUCGAGAAUGCUUGGUCGCUGUGCUCCCUCCAGUAAAGGGGAGAACACAGACAAAUGUCUUCAUGUUACUCGUCGCACCAGUCAGUCUUCCACCACUUGCACCAAACAGAAAAGGAAAAUAAUGCACCCAGGAGAACGUCAUCCCGCUAGCCAAAAGAGAAACGGCUACGACACAGAUACGGCAGAUGAUGAAAAUGACUGGGACAGCACCCUGGGGAAGGAAAACGGCGUGGGCGGUGCACACGAUGCGGGGGGUGAGGCGCACGACAGAGAUGAACUCAUAGACCUGAAGGGAAGCGAUCAUGAACGUGAACAUGAACGUGAACAUGAACGUGAACAUGAACGUGAACAUGAACGUGAACACCUGAGCACGGACAGCGAAAUGCUCCUCGAUCAGGACGAAUGCAACCGGGACGACUGCAACCAACACGAGGUGAAAAUAAACAUCGACCAGUACCCCCACAGGAACCAAGUCAACAGGACGCAACGUGCGACGCAGGCGAAGCAGGCGACAGCCAGCGGAGACCAACUUGGACGUUACAGUUCUCAUUCAGAUAGGAAAAGGGAAAAGAAGAAAAAAGUGCAGAUCAACGUGGAUGGAGAUAAACAGGAACAGCGCGCCGGGUUCAGCAACUACUAUGAGGGAACAGACGGAAAGGCACAGCCAUGCAGGGGCGAACGGAGUGAACCGGGCCAACGGGGCGAAGGAGGCCAACGGGACGAGAUCGUCAGCCCGUCCAAGCUCCGAGAGCGAAAGAAGAAAAAAAUUAAAAAGACUUACAAAAACCCAUACGAACACAAAAACAGAAACGUAAAUUUCAUGGAGUUCCUGUCCGACCAAAUGAUGCUAAGUGGAGAGGACGAGCAGGAGUCCUCUUCCCCUGAUGAGGUGGUGUUCAGCGACAUUCAAAAAAAAAUUAAGUACUACAGCAGACUGAAUAAGGGAGCAGGAACGGUAAGAGAUGGCAACUGCAUCGUUACGAAAAAUGUACAGGGCAAGCCUCGCUCGGAGAAGAGCAAACCGACGCCGAGUGGGAACAAAAACGAACCAUUCAGUGCAGACGCUGCAAACGCUGCAGACGGCCCGUGCGAACCGGGCGAAUCGGACAGAGACAGGGCCAGGGGCAGCACGGCGCGAAGCAGCAUCAGCGACAUCGCCUCCAAUCACGGACGCAACAGGUACAUCUCGCAAAGCACCAUGAUAAAAGAAAAUCUAAAUAAAGAAAAAAACAUGCAACACAUUUUCCUAGACAUAAAAAAUUACAUUCGAAUUGCUCGAAACAAGGACAUUGAAAUUCCAGUCAAAUAUAUUUUAAAACACAUUGGGAGAUAUAUUUACGGAGUGGACUACAAUGAAAGCAUUUUGUCUCUCCUGAGUUUUUUUAAAAGUGCAAACAACCACAUUGUGGUCGUGAGGAAAGUCAUAUACGAUGAAAAUGCCGACCCCAAAUAUUCUCACAUUGGCAUCAUCACCCUGGAGGACGUGAUUGAAAUUUUAUUGCAGGAGGAAAUAACAGACGAAUUUGAUUUUCGUAAUGUUAAGAAGGGAACCAACAUCCCCUCCAACUUUGUGUGGAAAAACUCCGACGAGUCCCUCGAUAAGGGGAAGCACCCCACGUCUUCACCGGCGACCUCGCCGUCGUCCCCAUCGCAGCCCCCAGCGCAACCCGCCCAGCGAGCGAGAUCCACGAAGAAACACACGCCCAUGCCGAGUUGCAAACGGGAAGUCAUAAACUUCCUAAAGGAGAGCGUCUACUUCAAGUACAUUGACACGCAGCUCAUCAGCAAGUGUAUAAAAAGGAAAAAAAUAAAAACGGCGCAAAAAAAUGAAUUUAUAUUAAAGGAAAACACCUUUUUAAACUAUGCAAUCAUCCUAAUGAAGGGGCAUGUGAAAAAUAUAAAAAACGGAAGCAGCAGGGUCUACGCACACAAGUGCAUCAUUGCCCUCGAGGCCCUUGGCCCAUGCAAUAUCAUCGAACUGUUUAACAGCACAAUUGAGAAAAGAAUUAACGUCCUCAAAAAUUACGAAGAAGAAAAAAAAAAAAAAAAAUCUUUAUUUUUUAAAAAGAAAAGCUCGGAUGACAAGAAAGACUCACUGCGUCCCAAGAGCAGCUCCCUCUCCAGGCACAAAAGCGGCCCACAAAAAAUGGAACACAGCGCUACGGGCAGUGCUAUGGGUAGUACUACGGGUAGCGCUAUGGGCAGCAGGCUGCAUAGCGGCCUCUCCAAUACCAACUCCAAUGUCAUUCACAAGAACAUCAACAUUUUGUUUAAAAAGUGGUACACCCAGCAUGUGUAUUUUAACAAAAGCACUUGCAUCGCAGAAACACCCUGUGAGUAUAUGAUUCUCUCGAAGAACGAAUACAUGGACAUGAUAAUUGAAUGUUACAGUAACAACAAGGUGGACGAAAUUAUUGAGGACAGUUGA